CCGAGGCUUGCAGUCGGGCGGGGGGAACCGCUCGCUUUGGGGCUGGCAACGGGGUGGGGGAAGGGAUAUCUAGAUGCAGACCCAGAUCCUCACCGUGCCCUGGGACCCUGCCUCAGUUUCCCCCGUUAGUGGCUGCAGUUAAUCAGUUGACAGGGGAACACAGAAUCACUGCAGACUCCAGCGUUGGUGUUGGUGUUCCUAUUCUUGGCUGUGGGAAAAUGGAACCAAGGCCAAAUUCAGCUGGUCCUUCUCUCUCAGGAACCCCUUUCCACCCCACCCUGGAGACUUAGACUUCCAUAUAAUGCCCCUUGCUAAAUGCCAAGCCCGUGUUUGGAAAGCUGGGAGGGGGGGGGACGGGGGAGGGGGAGGAGAUUUGUUCUUUGAAAGUGACUAAGGGAAUCCCAGAUUGAGUGAUCCCUAGAGAGAAACCCCAGCUGCGACCUCUCCCUCAGAGGCCAAGGAGGGUCCUUCUUUUCCUCCCCAUGUGAACAUGACCUUUGCCUGGCAAAUAGCAAGGAAGAAUUUGUAGACUACCCUCCCCCUCCCCCAUUUCCUUAUCUCCUUAGAAAAAUCCCUGUUGGAACCAACCCCUCCCUCCUCUCUACAGACUCUCCUGCCAGGGGCUUCAGACCGCCUUAACCCUUGCCCUGUCCCUUCCCUCAGCUGAACACAUUCGGACCCCUGGGUCCCUGCACCCUCUUUCAGGCCUUCCCAAUGCAGCGCCCGUUUCUCGGUUCAGCUGCCGCCAGCCGCGGCCCCCUCCGCAGCCUCAGUUCUCCCCCUCCCCCCGUCCCCCCUCCCGCUCUCAUUCUACGUCAUGGGAUGACGUCGGGAGCCCGGGAGGGAGGAGGAGCGCUCCCCCCUCCCCAGCCAGUGGCUCCCGCUGCAGCUUGCUUAGCCCAGCCUCCUGCUUUCCCGCCCCCCCUUUCUGUAAAGCGAGCCCCCCACGCCUAGCAGGAGCUAUAUAAGGCGGAACGAGGCAGUCGAGGGGGGCAGCGCAGCCGAGCGGAGCCCAGGAGAGGAGAGACAGAGAGAGAGAGCCUGAGCGAGAAACGGGGAAGCAAGGAGGAAGAAGCCACCGGUGCGUCGGGACGGGAACGCAGGUGUUCGGAGCACCCGAGCUGGAGCCCUGCAGCCGCUAGUCAUGUACCGCUCCACCAAGGGCGCCUCCAAGGCGCGCCGCGACCAGAUCAACGCUGAGAUCCGGAACCUCAAGGAGCUCCUGCCUCUAGCUGAAGCGGACAAGGUCCGGCUCUCCUACCUGCACAUUAUGAGUCUUGCUUGCAUCUACACUCGCAAGGGCGUCUUCUUCGCUGGAGGCACUCCUCUGGCGGGCCCCACAGGGCUUCUCUCAUCUCAAGAGCUUGAAGACAUAGUGGCGGCACUACCUGGAUUUCUACUUGUGUUCACAGCUGAGGGGAAGCUGCUAUAUCUGUCUGAGAGUGUGAGCGAACAUCUGGGCCACUCCAUGGUGGACCUCGUUGCCCAGGGUGACAGUAUCUACGACAUCAUUGACCCAGCUGACCACCUAACUGUGCGCCAGCAACUCACCCUGCCCUCUGCCCUGGACACCGAUCGCCUCUUCCGCUGCCGCUUCAACACUUCCAAGUCCCUCAGGCGCCAGAGUGCAGGCAACAAACUGGUGCUUAUUCGAGGCCGAUUCCAUGCUCAUCCACCUGGAGCCUACUGGGCAGGAAACCCUGUUUUCACGGCUUUCUGUGCUCCACUGGAGCCAAGACCUCGCCCUGGCCCUGGCCCUGGCCCUGCCUCACUCUUCCUGGCCAUGUUCCAGAGCCGUCAUGCUAAGGACCUGGCCCUACUGGACAUCUCUGAGAGUGUCCUAAUCUACCUGGGCUUUGAGCGCAGUGAACUGCUCUGUAAAUCAUGGUAUGGACUGCUGCACCCCGAGGACCUGGCCCACGCUUCUGCUCAACACUACCGCCUGUUGGCUGAGAGUGGAGAUAUUCAGGCAGAGAUGGUGGUGAGACUGCAGGCCAAGCCUGGAGGCUGGGCAUGGAUUUAUUGCCUGUUAUACUCAGAAGGUCCAGAGGGCCCCAUUACUGCUAAUAACUACCCAAUCAGUGACACAGAAGCCUGGAGCCUCCGCCAGCAGCUGAACUCUGAAAACACCCAGGCAGCCUAUGUUCUGGGCACCCCAGCCAUGCUGCCCUCAUUCCCAGAGAACAUCCUCUCUCAAGAGCAGUGUUCCAGCCCCAACCCACUCUUCCCCCCAGCCUUGGGAGCUCCCAGAAGCACCAAUUUCCCUAGUGCUCCAGACCUGGGUGCUGCCUCAACAUCAGAAGAGCUUCCUCAAUCCCAAAAAGAGUUGGGCUUUAGUUACCUGGCAUUCCCGUCUGGCUCUGAGCCUUCUCUUCAAGCAGACCUGAGCAAGGAUCUUGUGUGCACUCCACCCUACACACCCCACCAGCCAGGAGGCUGUGCCUUCCUCUUCAGCCUCCACGAGCCCUUCCAGACCCACUUGUCCACUCCAUCCAGCUCUCUCCAAGAACAGCUGACUCCAAGCACUGCCACCUUUUCUGAUCAACUGACUCCAAGCAGUGCAACCUUCCCAGAUCCACUGAUGAGCCCACUUCAAGGCCAGAUGACCGAAAGCUCAGCCAGAAGCUAUGAAGAUCAAUUGACUCCCUGCACCUCUGCCUUCCCAGACCAGCUGCUUCCCAGCACUGCCACCUUCCCAGAGCCUCUGGGCAGUCCUGCCCAUGAACAACUGACUCCUCCCAGCACAGCAUUCCAAGCACACCUCAACAGCCCCAGCCAAACCUUCCCAGAACAACUGAGCCCCAAUCCCACCAAGACUUACUUCACCCAGGAGGGAUGCAGUUUUCUCUAUGAGAAGUUGCCCCCAAGUCCUAGCAGCCCUGGUAAUGGGGACUGCACGCUCCUGGCCCUAGCCCAGCUGCGGGGCCCCCUCUCUGUGGAUGUCCCUCUGGUACCCGAAGGCCUGCUUACACCUGAGGCCUCUCCAGUCAAGCAGAGUUUCUUCCACUACUCUGAGAAGGAGCAGAAUGAGAUAGACCGCCUCAUCCAGCAGAUCAGCCAGUUGGCUCAGGGCAUGGACAGGCCCUUCUCAGCUGAGGCUGGCACGGGCGGGCUAGAGCCACUUGGAGGUCUGGAGCCCCUAGACUCCAACCUGUCCCUGCCGGGGGCUGGUCCCCCUGUGCUCAGCCUGGACCUGAAACCCUGGAAAUGCCAGGAGCUGGAUUUCCUGGCUGACCCUGAUAACAUAUUCCUGGAAGAGACGCCCGUGGAAGACAUAUUCAUGGAUCUCUCUACCCCAGACCCCAAUGGGGAAUGGAGUUCAGGGGAUCCUGAGGCAGCGGUCCCAGGAGGGGCCUCAUCGCCUUGCAACAACCUGUCCCCAGAAGACCACAGCUUCCUGGAGGACCUGGCCACAUAUGAAACCGCCUUUGAGACAGGUGUCUCAGCAUUCCCCUACGAUGGGUUUACUGAUGAGUUGCAUCAACUCCAGAGCCAAGUUCAAGACAGCUUCCAUGAAGAUGGAAGUGGAGGGGAACCAACGUUUUGAAUAAGUCUGUGACUUAACGUCGUCAAGUAUGGCAUAUUGUCAUCAAGACGUGGAGCCGCUCUCCACCCCCCCCCGGGACAGUUGGGGGGAUUCUGGG